AUGUCGUUGAUCAGCAACAAUAAAAUCAAGAAGCCAACAAUUAUGGAUCAGCUACUAUCUGAUUCCUUAUUCCCACCCACUCGACCUCGUCCCCCUCCCAACAACAACAGUGGCAUUCAAGCAACCGCAACAGCAAUUGACAGAGAGCAGCAGUCAGAAGACGAAACCAAGAAAGAUCCAUUGGCAAGCAGAGUUUGGAGAAUGUAUACAAAAGCAAAGGAUACGCUACCAAACGGAUCCAGAAUGGAAAACCUAACCUGGAGAAUGAUGGCAAUGACAUUGACCAAGAAGAAACUAGCUGAAGAAGAAGAAGCAGCAUUAAAAGCAAAAAGAGAAGAAAAGGAGCAAGCUGAAGCCAUGAAUGUUGAUCAACAAAACAACCCAACAACACCUCCUGUUGCUGAUGACACUACCGGCUUAUUAUCUUCGUCCGCCCCACCUUACACAAUGGUGGAUUUCUUCAAUACCAAUCAACAACAUCAACAACAUUCUCAUCAAGAUGACUAUGGCUCAAUGCAUGAAAACAAAACCAAUGUGCUCAUUACUGGAAGCACACGAGCGAUAACUGGCAACUAUAACGUCCCCAGGUUCAUUCCUGUCAAAAGAAGAGUGAAUUACGAUCAGAAUAACAGCAUCACUAUACCGUCGCUGGAUGAAGAAGUCGAGGAAGAAGAUGAUGACAUGGAUAGCACGACUAAACAAGAUGUUGUGGAUCCUUAUUCAUUAGACGAAGAAGACUUCAAUGCAUUUACUGGUAAUAAUGGCCAGGCAGCCCCCACAUCGCAGCCUUAUUUCAAUAGUGUUCUAAACGAAGGAAGCUACGCAUUCAACACCAAUAAGCCCUCAUUACUUCAGCAUCAGACUAGCCAGUAUUCGCCAACAACCCCUCCGGUCGCAUCUAGCUCAUUCUACUUUGAUUCAUCUGCUCAAAAUGCAUUACUGCCUAUGCAGUCUCCAUCACUCGCAUCUCUACAACAUCAGCAACAGCAACAUCAGCAGCAGCAAUCACUCAGCACAAAUGCCGGAAGCUUAAGCUUUGAAGACAUCUUGAACGUUUAUUACAGCCAGCCCAAUGUACAAACGCCGGAUGCUUUUGAUACGUCGUCUACAGCUGGUAUCCUGCAUUUGCAGUCUGUUCAUCUUUCGUCGUCCGUAACAGGAGGCUCAACUUCAGCAUCUCCUCCACCAUCUGUAUCGUCGCCACACUCCAUGUCAAGUUCAGAAUAUCAUAGUCUCGAGGAUGAAGACUUGGAUGAGGACGACAGUAAAAGAUUCACUAGCAGGUACAAGAAACCCAAGUCGAUUAGUGGAAUUCGCCAGCAACAGCAGCAAGCGUCCAGCAAUAGCAAAUCUGGCCAUGUUGCAGCUAAAACGCAAUGCUCCAAUUGUCAGACUACAACAACACCACUUUGGCGUCGUGAUCCUGAAGGUCAUCCACUCUGUAAUGCAUGUGGACUAUUUCUUAAAUUGCACGGUGCAGUAAGACCCCUUAGUCUCAAAACAGAUAUCAUUAAAAAGCGCAAUCGUGGCAGUGCCAGUGGAGCAAGCAGUAGCAACAAUGGUGGUACAGCAUCGAGUAGCAAUACAACUAGUAAAUCAAACCAUAAGUCAAUCAAGAUGUAUGGCAAAAGGCAUCAGCAGGCGGUGGACGCUAGAAAAGAGGAAAGUAGCAUCAAUAAAUCCUUGUUAGAUCGAAGAAACACGGUUCACAUUGCACCCCAUCAAUCCAAUGCCGGUAAUCACAGGCCAAUGCUACCAGCAAAACCUAUCAGUCUAACAGCAAAGAGACAGAGAUGCACGUCAGAUAGGUUACCUUUUAGCAACAAUCAUCUGUUAUCGUCACCACCCACACCAGUAAGCAAUAACUUCCCUCUUCAGCAGCAGCAGCAGCAGCAGCAAAUCUCUCCUAUUGCUACACCUCUGACAUACACAUCUUCCCCGCCACCCACAGCGCAGAUACCCACGGCUGUUCCAUUGACGCAAUCGAUAGCAACUACACCCACAACCGAAUCGCCCGCCAAUCUACCUGCUGCGUCUGCAACCAAUGCAGCGGUUUAUGCUAUACUGGAGUCCAUUGGUAUACAUCUAAAUAGCUUACCUGUUGAAUUAUUGCCAUUGAUUGCUUCAGCAGCCAACUAUCAUGCGGCCAACAAACAGCGGAUACAAGAGCAAGAGCAAAAAGCAAAUGUACCAUCAUUGUUAAGCAAUGUUUUAUAUCAGCAACAACAGCAACAACAGCAACAAGACGGGCUGUCAUCAUCGGCAUCAUUAUCGUCAAGUAGUCAAAAUUUUUCUCAGUUUGCACAACAGUUUCCGCAAUUGCAACAGUUGCAACAGCAACAGCAACAACAACAACAACAACAACAGCAACAGCAACAAAAACAACAACGUGAUUCCUUAAACAAUCAGCAUUCACCCUGA